AUGACGCUUAUAGAGGGUAUAGGAGAUGAAGUAUUGCAGUUUGUUGGUGUGUUAUUAGUGCUAGCUGUGGCAGCAGUCGCUUGGUGGUCAACAAAUGCUCGCCCUGGUCGUUAUCGCACAGUGGUUGUGAUGAGGUCAAGAGCACCUCACUCAGUUACUGUCAGCAUAAGAACUAGGGCUAAUUUAUUGAUAGCAAACAAUCAACCUAGUACAUCUAAUCCAGUCUCUACUUCAGAUACUAUAGCCGUGAGCACAUCAGACACACCAGAGGAGACCAGAGACACUUCUAGGGUGAUACCCCUGCAAGAAAUGGACAGCAUAAUUGAUGCCGACAUGGCCAUGCUAGACAAUAACAGACUUCAUUUCUACAGAAGGAUUGAUUCAGUUGGCAACAACACCGAAGUAGGUGAGCCAGCAAGUGAUGAAAGUGAAGUCCAAGAGGAAGUUGAGCCAUCGAGCAAUGCACAGAUCAGGGAAAUGGACAGUAUUGUUAGCGCCAUGGAGGCUGAUGUCACAACGGGAUGUGAGUUCUUCACUAGACCUAAUGAAAAUAAUGCAAUUGCUAAGAACAAUACAAAAUCUAUUAUAAAAGAUAAUAACACACCAUCAACUACUUCUAAUGCAGAAAAUCAAGAGAAUUCUGUAAAUGUGGAUAACUCUAGUGGUGAAAGUGGUACUACUUCACAUACAAACAAUCCUGACAUCAAUAACAGGCAAACAAUUUUAAUAAAAUUAAAAUAUCUAAAUGAUACCCUUAAGGAAGUGGAGGGCUGUUUAGAUGAACCACUUAAGGACUUCAAAUUACGUCACUUCUCAUCGGAGCUUUCGUCCGAGUGUCGUGUGCGUCUGAUAUUCAACGGUCGUGUGUUGAUGGACGAUACAGCGACACUGAGAGCCUGUGGACUGCAUCAUCGCGCCGUCGUACACUGCCUUGUGCAUCCAAAGCGGAAUCAUGCUCAAGCGCAUAGGCCAGACGAAAGUCCUGCAAACCCCGAGCUGGUCUCGGAGGGUCCACAGCAAGAGAGACCCUGGGAUCUGGAGAAUAUUCUGAUGACGCUAGUUUCCGUUGCACUCACCGUCGUCUGGUUCUUCAGGUGCGAAUACUCAAAUAUGUUUACAGCGAGCGCGAGCGUCGCACUGUUCGGUCUGACUGUAUUCUAUAGCGUGGCCAUAUUCGGCCUCUACCUUUCCGAUACAUUCCAUUUCGAUCGGCGGCCAGCUCAACCGGUGCCUGCCAACUGAAAUUGCACUUUAACGCGAUGACUUUAAGGCACAUUAAUCGAUCACCGUUCUAAUAAGAUUUUUGUAACUUGUAACAAUAGCAUGUAUAAUCCUUUAUUUGAGCUCUUUCAUCUGGCUUAAUGAGCUUUGUAUAACUUCUCCUUCGUGUAACUUUUCAUAAAAGAGGCGAUUUUAUUCAGGAUGGGGGUGAAAUCGAUAAACU